GUCAGGUCUCUCGGCGGCCGUGCAGGCCCCUCAGGCCCCUUCGUGGCCGGCCCCGCUGCGGCGUGCGCAGGGUCCGACGCUCCAGACUCGGCGGCCGCGGUCGGUCGGGCCCCGCUUCAGGCUCUGCGAUCCGGUCCCGGGGGACUCAGUGCUGCGCUACCACAGGCUCUGUGCUCACUCCUGCCGGGUGGCUCCCCUGGCUCCUGCGAGAACAUGGUGCAGAAGUAUCAGUCUCCUGUCCGCAUCUACAAGUACCCAUUCGAACUGGUUAUGGCGGCCUACGAGAAGCGCUUCCCCACCUGCCCGCACAUCCCCGUCUUCCUGGGCAGCGACGUCCUGCGGGAGUCCCGCAGCCUGGUGGGCAGGAUCAGGCAGGCUCAGAGUGGUGGGGUGUUUGCGGGGAGUCUGAGGAUCAAUUGCCUUGGGCCUCGCACCCCGGCCGCACCCAGCCGCAGGCGCCGGCUGCUCCUUCCCUGCCAGAUCGCCGGCGUGGAGCAGGUGGUGUUCGUGCAGAGGAAUGUCCUGAACUGGAAGGAGCGGACGCUCCUCAUCGAGGCCCACAAUGAGACCUUUGCAAGCCGCGUGGUGGUCAGGGAGAACUGUAGCUACACGGUCCACCCUGAGAAUGAAGAGUGGACUUGCUUUGAGCAGUCCGCCUCGCUGGACAUCCGGUCCUUCUUUGGCUUUGAAAGUGCCUUGGAGAAGAUCGCCAUGAAGCAGUAUACAGCCAACAUCAAGAGGGGGAAGGAGGUGAUUGAGCAUUACCUGCACGAGCUCAUUUCCCAGGGCGUCUCCCACAUCCCCCGGUGGGUGCCUGCCCCCGUCGGAGAGGAGGAUGCCCGCUCCCAGGCUGGGCCGAGGGACACCCACUCCGUGGAGGCUGCUGAACCCAGCAGAGGCCGGGGCCCGGUGCCUGAAGCUACCUGCAGUGAGGACAAGCCGGACGCGGACUCCGCGGAGCGGCGCCUGGGCCGCCUCACGCCCAUGCAGGAGAGCUGCCUGACCCAGCUGCGGCACUGGCUGCAGGAGACCCACAGAGGCAAGAUCCCCAAGGACGAGCACAUCCUGCGGUUCCUGCGGGCUCGCGACUUCCACCUGGACAAGGCCCGCGAGAUGCUGCGCCAGUCGCUGCUCUGGCGGCGGCAGCACCAGGUGGACCUCCUCCUGCAGACCUGGCGGCCCCCCGCCCUCCUGGAGGAGUUCUACGCGGGCGGCUGGCACUACCAGGACAUAGACGGCCGCCCCCUCUACAUCCUGCGCCUGGGCCACAUGGACACCAAGGGCUUGAUGAAGGCCGUGGGGGAGGAGGCCCUGCUGCAGCACGUUCUCUCGGUCAACGAGGAGGGCCAGAAGAGGUGUGAGGGGAACACCAAAGAGUUUGGUCGCCCCAUCAGCUCCUGGACCUGCCUGGUGGACCUGGAGGGCCUCAACAUGCGGCACCUGUGGCGGCCGGGCGUGAAGGCGCUGCUGCGCAUCAUCGAGGCGGUGGAGGCCAACUACCCCGAGACGCUGGGCCGCCUGCUGAUCGUGCGGGCGCCCCGCGUCUUCCCGGUGCUCUGGACGCUGAUCAGCCCCUUCAUCAAUGAGAACACCAGGCAGAAGUUCCUCAUCUAUAGUGGCAGCAACUGCCAGGGCCCGGGCGGCCUUGUGGACUACCUGGAGAAAGAAGUGAUCCCCGACUUCCUUGGGGGAGAGUGUGUGUGUAACGUCCCGGAAGGGGGGCUGGUGCCCAAGUCCCUCUACCUGGCGCAGGAGCAGGCAGACCAGCUGCGGCAGUGGCGGGACACCUACCAGGCGGCCAGCGUGCUCCGCGGAGCCCCCCACGAGGUGGCCGUGGAGAUUCUGCAGGAGGAGUCGGUCAUCACCUGGGACUUCGACAUCCUCCGGGGAGACGUGGUGUUCAGCCUGUACCACGCCAGGCCGGCGGCCAGGCCGGGGCCCCGGGGGCCAGCGCAGCACCGUGGGGUCCUGGGCGCCGGCUACAGCCGCGUGGAGGCCCCCCUCAUCUGCCGGGAAGGGGACAGCAUCCAGGGCUCCCACGUGACCCGCUGGCCCGGCGUCUACCUGCUCCAGUGGCGGGCGCGUGGCCCUCCCGACGGCGUGGCCCGCAGCGCCCCGGGCACGGAGGACGCCCCGACCGGCCUGCCCAGCCCCGGGCCCAGGUGCAAGCUCCUCUACUAUUACGAGGUGCUGGCGUCUGAGGACUUCAGGGGCUCCAUGUCCAGCCUGGAAUCCUGCACCAGCGGCUUCUCCCAGCUCAGCACCACCACCUCCUCCUCCUCCGGCCAGUCCCACAGCAGCUCCCUGGCCUCCAGAUAGCCGGCCCUGAGCCCAGCGGGGCGGCCUGCUGGCCUCCGGCCUCCGCAAGUGCCCAGGGCACAAAGCUGGCUUGCCUGGAGGCCUGGACCGUGGGGCCUGCAGCCUGGGUCUGUUGGCUGCUGAAGUCCAAGUGUCUGGCGCCCACAGCAGUGACCCAGCUGGUGGACUCGAGAGGUUGCAGGGACAGAACCAUCGUCUUGAGACUCCUAACACAAAGUGGACGGUGCCUUCCCACGCAGGGAACCCGUGCACGUCGGCUCCCUCCCUGUCCCCAGCUCGGCUGCAGAAGACAAGCCCGCUCGCCCACGGAGGCCGUCCAUCCCAGACCGCCCACCGGCCUGCCUGAGCGCCAGGCAGCCCCUGACCCGUCAGCUCAGGUGCCGGGGCACAGAGACGCUGAUGGCCAGCAGGGUCCUCUGUCCGCCCCAGGCCAGUCUGUGGGGCGCGGUCUGCAGUGCCUGGCCCUCAUGCCCCCGUUCUGGAAAGCACAAGCAGGGCGUCUUUGGGAAUGCUGGGUCCCUCCCCCAAUGGGGGCACAGAAAGUGCUGGGUUAAGAAAAACAGUGGGUGCUCACCACAGGAUCUGACUCCGUGGGGGUGCCGUGUCCCUGGGUCUGCGUGGUGAGCAGCUAAAGGAGCCACAGCUCACCCUGGACUUGAACCCCAUUUUCCCCCACCCUGUCUGGGAAGGAGGACCCUGACUGCCCUCCUCUUGAAGAGCCUGGGAGGACCAAGGCUGCUGAGGCCAGGCAAUGAUGAUGCGACUCUGGCCACGUUUUACCCUCUGGUCCCUUCCUCCUGGGAGCUCUUUGAUUGUGACUUCUGGUCACUGUGAGUCAGAGACCCACACCGCAGGGCAGCCACUCAUGGCCGCACCGAAAUGGCCGUGCGUAUCUGCUUCAGGUCAGGCUGGCCCCCGGUGCUCGGCACGGCAUCAGGGCUCCUUUGGGGAGGAGAGGCUGUGGCCUUGUUGUGUCUGUCCUGGGGCAGUGUGGCCCCAAAACCAGUUCUAGCAAAGGUAGACUCCUCGGGUGCUGGCACGGGGGACUUGGGUCUCCCUGCAGCUUGCAGACAAUUCUCCAUUCUGGGCCCCGAAAAAGGCCGCAGGUUAGAGGUCACAAGUAGCAGCCUGCAGUCUCAUCUGGCCUGUCUUUAGGGCUUCCCCGUAGAAGGAUUUAAAAGUUGGGGCAUUUCACAUAGAAAUCAGGGUCUCCAGCUCCCCCGAGGCCUGGGCGUGCUGGCAGACGGGGCCAGACGUGCAGACAGCGCUCCUGGCGCCCUCAGGCCCAGCUGUCGGCCCGCACCUGCCUGGCGCAUGCAUCCUUUGCCUGGCCUGGGCAGCCUGUUGGGUGACCUGGGGCCGAGCAGCCCAGCCCUGCUCAGAGCCAGAAGCUGUCUCUGGUGGACACCUGGAGCCCGGGGGCUGUGCCACGUGGGUGCGGCCACUGCCCGUCAGCUCAACACGAGGGGCUCCACGCCGGCCUCCAUCCCCACCCGGGCGAGGGAAGACGCGACGCCUUCUCCCACGCGGGGCGCGGCCUCCCUCGCAGUUCUCGCCGCUCAGUACAGGAACAUGCAGAACGCUGCCUCUGCCUCAGGUGUGGGGGGAGACGGGAGACGUUCUCAAAACGAGAAGCCCCGAGUCACAGGGCAUUUAUCGCUGAGAGCAAGUCGCAGUAUCAAACUCGCUUCAGCCGCCACGAGAAUCCCCUGGCGCCAGUAACAGGGCCGAGGGCGGCCGCCUGCAGGUGUGGCUGGAUCCAGGAGCGCGGCGUGCGCGUCUGCUCCCCAGGCCUCUGCUCUCCCCCACCUGCUGGGGAAGGUGCUCCCGGCCGCUCCCAGCCUGCAACCACAGGCUCACAGUCUCUAAAGCAGAGACAGCCUCUGGCGCUGUGCAGAGACGGCCUCUGGCCAUCUCAGCCCGGGCGCUGUGCUCACACCUGUGCACGCUUCGGCCAGGGGCAGUGGCCUGCGAGUGCCCUCCCCUCCAGAGGGAGCCGUGGGGUGCAGGAGAGCCCAUCCCUGCGGACAAGGGGAGCUGGGCCACAGACCGCGCCGGCCUCCCUGGGCGGAGGUCUCGGGGCCCACGCCGGAGCAUUGCCAAGCCGCCGGUCCCUCUGUGGGAGGCCUGAAAUGACACCCCACGGAGGGGGCCCCAAGCGCUCCGUCUCUCAAUUUCCCACCUCGACCUCAGAGCUGGAAGCGCCUUGCGCUGGUUUCUCUGUCUGGCUCACUGACCUGGACCAGGCCAGAAACCACCCUCUAGCGAUAGAACCCACCCGGGCACCGGCUCUAAGAGCCUGGGCUUUGCGGUUUAGAUGGGCCGGGGUCCACCCCCGCCUUCCUUUCCUGGCUGUGCAGCUCCAGCAGGUGACCUCACCCCCCCGUGCCUCAGUUUCCCCAUCUGUAAGAUGGGGUCACAGUGCCUACCUCAUUCACUGGGCGGCAGUGGCUUGGCAGGAGGCGGAGGCCGCACAGCCUUCAGCCCGGCGGUGUGCCAGCGGUCAGUUCACUUGACGCUUCUCGUCCAAAGACCUCAGGCUCCUUCCCAGCCACCUGCCGCCGCUCUCACGGGGCCGGAAGGGCAGCACGGCGUGGAUCCCGCGGAAAGCGGGGGCUGCCUGCGAGCUGCCGGUCAGACAUCCCCUCGUGAGGCCGCUUUGUGGGAACCGGCCCCUGGGGACAGGCCCACCGGCCCCGUGUCCACCACCAGCCGAGAAGUCCUGUCCACAGCUGGACGUGAGAGGAGUCUGAGACGUUUCCCGCCUACCCUGCACUUCGAGAACGUCUCCCUCCCGCCCCACAAAGCAAGCUGUUCGGUGAGAACAGUGACUCGUCAGCCAAUAAAACCGUGUUCCUCGUUCA